CGAGAACGAGAAGAUGCAAAAGCUUGGGUACCUCUCUUCAAGUCUUUACUUAGUGGUAAUUCAAAUUAUAUUUAUGUUAUAUGGACCACUAGCUCUAGCACUAUUCUUGAGACUUUGACUUGCCUUCGUCAGAUUUACAUUUUUUGGCUUUUUGGUCCUUGUUUUUGGCGUUUUGGUGAAUUAUUAAGGAUGAGGUGACUACUUGGAUAUCGACUCUUAUCGGGAGAAGGUGUGGACUUUGGAAGAACAAUCAAGGAUAGCUGUCAAUUCCCAGAUCCCGAAUACAAAGGUAAGACAAAAGUAACAAAUAACUACCAAGAUCAAGAUCACCACCAGCAUGAGGAUCAUGGUCAACAACAACAGGAGAACGGUCACCAACUAGGAGCAGCUAGGUCGUAGAUCACUAAACAGUACUAGGAUCAACAUACUGGUAGUUAUCAUCGUCAGCGUGAUCAGUAUAGAGUAGUACUGCUACUGCGCUGAAGUAACUAAAGGACCAGCAAGGUCAUAGACUGACAAGCACAGAACAAGGAAGAACAUCAUCGGGAGCAAAAACCAACCACAUGAGUCAUAUCGUCAGUGG